UUAGCCGGGCAGUGGGGACAGAAACAAAGAUGGCGGCUUCUGGUGCGGGAGUUGUUGCUAUGGCGUCCUGCAGGAGGUAGGGCCUGACCCACCCCCCAGGGCCUCGGAGGGGGUGGGCACCCUCCAUGGGCCUCAGCCAAUGGGAAUCUCCACCUGGACAGCCACCGUGGAGGGGUGUGAGCUUGGUGCUGGUGGGGAAGAGACGCUUGCAGCUUGUGAGAGGGUUCUCCUCUCCAUUGUCUCUACGAUGCCCCAGGCCUCUGAACACCGGGUCAGCCGGGCUAGAGAGCAGGUCAUCACAUCGCAGCCCAAGGCCACCGCCAAGCUCCUGAACGGACACCGGGCUGUGAGCCAGGAGCGCCAUGCCUCAGUCUCCCCUGCACUGGCCAAUGGGCUCUCCAUGGCUCCCAAGCUUCGCCCGCUGCCUCCCCGGCCCAGCCCACUGGACGAUCGGGGGAAGAAGCAGGAGCUCGAAAGGGGCCGUGCUUCGAAGCGCAGCGACCAGCUGCGGGGCUCAGUGCCCCGGCGAGGGCCAGUGAAGGCAGACCAUGCGGUCAAGGUGCCCAAGUCCCCACAGCCUGGCACCAUGUCAGGCAGCGCCUCCUUCUCCAUGCCAUCAGGAGUGUUGCUGGUGGAACGAGAUUCUGAGCGCAGGAGGAACAAUCUCGCCCGCUCCAAGUCCAUCAGCAUUGGGGACCUGAGCCAGGCAGGGGGCGAAGGGGAGGAGUUGAGCAUGGUGCUCAGCCGCUUGGUGCUCCGGGACCGCAGCCCGCCGUGCAGCCAAAAGCUGGGCCUGGGGCCCUUGGCUCUCCAGCGGAGCUCCUCGCUCAGGAGGGUCAGUGUGUCUCCUGGGCUGGAUGGGAGGCCUGCGGGCGCGCUGCUCUCCGUCCGCACUGAGAGCUGCACCAGGACUCACACCCCCGAUCCUCAGGUCUCCGAGUACCUGCACCCUCAGGAUGUCCCAGCGGCUGGGAGCCCACCCCAGGGGAAGGUACCGUCUCCAGCUCCGAGCAGGCCCGACAAGAAGACACACCACACCCUCCUCCUGGGCUCUGGGCACAUCGGACUCCGCAAUCUUGGCAACACGUGCUUCAUGAACGCUGUGCUCCAGUGCCUGAGCAGCACCAAGCCUCUGCGCGACUACUGCCUGCGCAAGGAGUUCCUCCAGGAGCAGCCCAGCACCUCGCGGGCCCAGCAGGAGCUCACGGAAGCAUUUGCAGAUGUCAUCAGUUCACUGUGGCACCCAGACUCCACUGAAGCUGUGGACCCUGGGCGGUUCAAAGCUGUCUUUCAGAAAUACGUCCCGUCCUUCACAGGCUACAGCCAGCAGGACGCCCAGGAGUUCCUGAAGUUUUUCAUGGACCGGCUGCAUGUGGAGAUCAACAGGAAGGGGCGCAAAACUCCCAGCAUCCUCUCUGAUACCAAAUGGCCCUUGGUGCUAGAGGACUCGGACCCCCUGAGUGAUGACGAACGAGCCAACCAGAUGUGGAAGCGCUACCUGGAGAGAGAGGACAGCAAGAUAGUGGAUCUCUUCGUUGGCCAGCUGAAAAGCUGCCUCAAGUGUCAGGCCUGUGGCUACCGCUCCACCACCUUCGAAGUCUUCUGUGACCUCUCCCUCCCCAUCCCAAAGAAGGGCUUUGCCGGGGGGAAGGUCUCUCUCCUCGACUGCUUCAGCCUUUUCACCAAGGAGGAGGAGCUGGAUUCCGAGAACGCUCCGGGAGCCCGGUGUAUAACCUCUACGCCCUGUGCAAUCACUCGGGCAGCGUGCACUAUGGUCACUACACCGCCUUCUGCAGGGACCAGUCCGGCUGGCGGGUCUACAACGAUUCCCGCGUGUCCCCGCUCAGCGAGAACCAGGUGCCAUCUAGUGAGGGCUACGUGCUCUUCUAUGAGCUGGACGACCAUCAUGGGAAGAAACAAUGAAGUCUUGGACCCUGGCACCUGUGCCACAACCCUCUUACCUCAGAGACUGAGCCCAGCUCUCGGGGAUCCUCAGCCGCUCACAGGCCUGGAGGCAGUGUGGGGGAUGAGCAGCCCACCUGCUCACCGGUGCCUGGGGGAGGAUGGGACGUGCCGACCCACUGGACAGGGGCAAGGGGCCUGCCUUGCCCAUCGCUGGGUGCAUGGGGGAGGGGCCUGGCAUGGCCCCCACCCCUGCUAUUCUGACACAGCGUGGGGCCUUUGUUCACACAGUGAGGCUGUAAAUAAACCCCAGAGCCACCCUCCAGGCAGGAACUUUUUCUGAAUAAAUUUACUAAGAAAAG